AUCCGGAGGAGCGGGGAAAUCAAGCUGGACCGAUCCACCCGCUCCGCCGUAUCUCCCUCCCACUCCUCCAGCCGUCCGAGUUUCUCCUGCUUCUGGCGGACCCUCCGCGACAAGCUGCGGGCGCCGCGUUAGAGACCCGAGGCCACUGAGCGUGCGCGAGUCCUUCCUCGCGCAUGCUCCCUGCGCGCGGACCUGCAAAUUCUGAAGGAUAACAGAUUCUGAAACAUCCGACGGGCGGACUUAACCCGGCCGCCCUGUGGCGGUGGCGGCGGCAGCAGCGGCAACGCUCGCCCAGCCUCCCGGACUGAGCGGCCUCCAAUCAUGUCGCCUAAGCCAAGGACGCCGGGUCACUGAAGAGCCAUGGGCGAGCGGUCCAUUCCGGCUGGCCGGCGGACCCAGCUCAUCUCCUUGCUGGUGCUGGAGCAGCGCGCCCAGGAGGUCACCUUAGACCGGGAGCUGGGGCUCUUGGCGUGGCGGAGCUUGGAGCCGCAGCCGCGCAGGGGGCGAGAGAGCUAUGCUGUGCCCAUUUCUGAGAUCAUUGCUGUUGAGGAGAAAGAAAGGGAGGCGAAACAAUCUCAUCCUGGAAGAUGGCAGAAAAUGGCAAAGCCUCAUGCAUUCACCGUGUAUUACAUCAAGAGGGCACGGCAUCACCGCUGGCGGUGCAGCGAAGUGACUUUCUGGUGCAUUGAUGAACAUCUGUGUAAUCAAUGGAUAUGUACACUGAGAGAACUACUUGAUUUACAGACGUCCAGACCAAAGCACUUGCUUGUAUAUAUUAAUCCACACAGUGGAAAAUCACAAGGAGAAAAAAUAUACGAACAAAAAGUGGCUCCAUUGUUUAGUCUGGCUUCCAUCUCUACUGAUGUUAUAGUCACUGAACAUGCCAAUCAUGCUAAGGAUAACUUACUUGAAAUUCAUCUGGAGAAAUACGAUGGUGUUGUUUGUGUUGGUGGGGACGGAAUGUUCAGUGAAGUGAUACAUGGUCUAAUUGGAAGAUCUCAGAAGGAUUCGGGCAUAGAUCAAAAUAAUCCCAAAGCACAAUUAGUCCAAUGCUGUCUCAGGAUUGGCAUAAUUCCUGCUGGUUCGACCGAUUGCAUAUGCUAUGCAACAGUUGGCAUCAAUGAUCCAGUAACAUCUGCAUUACAUAUCAUUGUGGGAGAUAAUCAACCUCUGGACGUUUGUUCAGUACAUCGCAAUAAUACAUUUCUGAAAUACUGUGUAUCACUACUGGGAUAUGGUUUUUAUGGAGAUGUAUUAAAAGACAGUGAACAGAAACGCUGGAUGGGCCCUGCCAGAUAUGACUUCUCAGGUUUCAAGACUUUCCUCUCCCAUCAUUACUAUGAGGGGACAGUGUCUCUCUUACCAGCAUCACACUCCGUGGGUUCUCCAAGAGAUAAGAAACCCUGCAGAACUGGGUGCCGGAUUUGCAAGCAAAGUAAACUACAGCUGGAAAAAGAUCAGAAGAAGACGGAAAAGGAGAUUAAAAGGGAUGAGGAAGGAGAAUGGAAAGUUAUUAGAGGGAAGUUUCUAGCCAUCAAUGCUGUGAACAUCAGCUGUGCCUGUCCACGGAGUCCUAAAGGCCUUUCGCCAGCUGCUCACCUGGCAGAUGGCUCUGCAGACCUUAUUCUAGUCCGUAAAUGUUCCCGGUUAAACUUUCUAAGAUACCUCUUAAGGCAUACAAACGAGCAUGAUCAGUUUGAUUUCAGCUUUGUAGAGGUCUAUCGGAUUAAAAAGUUUCGUUUUACAUCAAAGCAUUUUGAUGAUGGUGAAAAUGAUGACCAGGGUAUGCGGAAAAAACACUUUGGUCAAUUCUGUAGAGACCACCCAGCUUGCUGCUGUCUCCCCCCUAGCAGUACUUGGAACUGUGAUGGAGAGACCCUGGAUUGUUCAACUAUUGAAGUCAAAGUUCACUGCCAAUUAAUUAAACUUUUUGCAAGAGGAAUAGAAAAGAAUCACAAACCUGAAUCACCUUACAAGCAACUUACCUGAGCAAUUAAUGUAAGUCAACACUGCAAGAACAUGAAGAGGAAAAAAAGGCAACACAGAGACAAGCACUUGUGGCAUGUUAAUAAAUGUUCUUAAACUUUAUUUUUCUGGUCAAAUUUUAAUUUUGGAUAGAUUUAUUUUCAGUUAAUGUCUUCAAAGAUAGUGGAUUAUUUUAAAUUAUUUUAUCCUAGGGCAGUGAAGAAGAUUUUUGGCUUAUAUUUCCUUUCUUUUGUUAUGAAAGGAUUCUGUUUUUUCUCUGCUGUAUUUCUAAGCUGGAUGCUCCUUCUCUUAGGUCAGGAUAAAAAAAUCAGGUUAUUAUUAGUAUGGUUCGUCGCACAGUUAGCCAGAUGUUCAGACUGGAUUUGCAUUUUUGUCCACCUAUCUAUUCCUUCCCAAGAACCUGGGAUAGGCAUAUGUGGAUAUUAGAUGGUGUUAGAGGUAUUGUCGCAGGUUAUAAGCUGUUCUGAGCAAAGCUGCCUUUUGCAAUUGACUAUUGUCUGUUCACAACAAUGUGAAGUCACAGUUGCCAGCUCUUUAAUUGAUGCUGCCCUUCAUUCAUAUUGAGUUCUUCUGCUGCUUAUUAUUAUUUAGGCUUAGAAAUGUAGAGCUAGAGCAAGGCUGUCAAACUCAUGGCCUGCGGAUCAGAUUCGUCACGUGCUGGCCACGCCCACUCCCGGUUUAGCAAAAGGGAAAGUCCUCAUACGUCAUGUGAUGACGCUGUGAGUUUGACACCCCUGAGCUAGAGGAGUUCUCUUCAUCUCCUUCCAGUAUAAUAUCAAUAAUGGAUUGGUGAAGGAGAAAUGGGAAAAUGUACAAUUCUCCUCCAACCUGCUCAAUUGCCUACGUGAAAGUUCAUCCAUUCAUGUGUAUAGAAUUCUUUGUUACUUAUGGCUACUAGAUGAAUGACAAAUUGUUAAAGGCAAGCCUGCAGAUUUGGUACAAAUUUUGUCAUUCAUGUCACGAAAAAGGAUUAUUAUGUAUGUUUGCCACCUUGAGUUUCUAUAAAAUAAUAAAGGGGGCAUUUUAAAAAAUCAAAUAUAUAUGAUUUUGAAUUAUAAUGCAAAAUAAUGUGCAUUCUGCUUGCAGCAGAGGCUGAUGAAACUUAUAUUCUUUUAAGGCGAUUUUGAAUCACGGUGUAUGGUUUAAAGACAUUUAAAAUAUGAUAGUAUCCUAUCAUGAAUCUUGUUUUCUCCUGAAGUGGCCAUACACGCAUUCGUUGCUCGAGCUAGCUUGCAUUAGCAACCUCAGCGCAGUCUAAAUGCACACUCUGGGUUUCAGGUAAUAGCAAACGUCUUAUAUAUAUUAUGUUAUAUAAUGUAUUUCCAUAUAAAAAAUGUAUAGUUCAAGGAAUCCCUUUGUUUUUCUCCUAAAAAUUUCUCAAACCUGACAAUUUUAAGACAUGUAGACUUCCCCCAGAAUUCUCCUCGAAGCAUAUUUUAAAGUUGCCAAGGUUGAGAAACAUUCUCUUAAAGGAUUAUGCCCAGUCCUUAAGGAUUAUCUGAAACUGUAGAUAAGCCCAGGGGUGGGCUUCAAAAAUUUUAGCAAGGGGUUCUCUGCCUGGUUGCUGGGUGGGCGUGGCCUAGUCGUCCUCCUGCACCACGGCAGGGGGAGUGUUUAUUUAUUUAUUUAUUUAUUUAAUUCGAUUUUUAUACCGCCCUUCUCCCGAAGGACUCAGGGCGGUGUACAGCCAAAAAGUAAAAAACAAACAAUACAAUAUACAAUUUAAAAUACAAAUUAAAAAACUUAUUUUAUAAUUGGCCAAAAAACUUUAAAAUAUAUAAAACUAAAACCCCAUUAAAAUUUGUAAUAGAAAAUUUAAAAUCAAUAAAAUUUAAGCCAGCCCCGCGCGAAUGAAAAGAUGUGUCUUCAGUUCGCGGCGGAAGGUCCGAAGGUCAGGUAUUUGACGUAAACCAGGGGGAAGCUCGUUCCAGAGUGUGGGAGCCCCCACAGAGAAGGACCUUCCCCUGGGGGCCGCCAGCCGACAUUGCUUGGUGGACGGCAUCCUGAGAAGUCCCUCUCUGUGAAAGCGUACGGGUCGGUGGGAGGCAUGCGGUAACAGCAGGCGGUCCCGUAAGUACCCAGGCCCUAAGCCAUGGAGCGCUUUAAAGGUCGUAACCAAAACCUUAAAGUGCACCCGAAAGGCCACAGGUAGCCAGUGCAGUCUGCGCAGGAGCGGUGUUACGCGGGAGCUACGCAAAGCUCCUUCUAUCACCCGCGCAGCUGCAUUCUGGACUAACUGAAGCCUCCAAGUGCACCUCAAGGGGAGCCCCAUGUAGAGAGCAUUACAAUAAUCCAAGCGAGAGGUAACGAGCGCAUGAGUGACUGUGCACAAGGCAUCCCGAUCAAGGAAGGGGCGCAAUUGCCGAACCAGGCGAACCUGGUGGAAGGCCCUCCUGGAGACGGCCGUCAAAUGAUCUUCAAACGACAGCCGUUCAUCCAGGAGGACACCUAAGUUGCGCACCCUAUCCUUUGGGGCUGUCGUGUCCCACUCCUCCGCUGACGGCCGGGUCAGGGAAAUCCGAAUCAGGCUUGCCUCUGCAGCUCUGCCCAAAGUCCUAGCAAAGUCCUCAGAGCAGGCAGGAGACCAGUAAGUGACUUCAGCAAGAUAAGUUCGACUUUGCCUGACUCAGAGACUGCCAUAAAGCAGAUCCUUUAUAUAGGCCAUGGGGUGUGGCUCCAUGACUCAGCACUCAUUAAGGCCUGCCCCUCCCUUCCUUCUGUUGCCUACGCCUAUCCAAUCUUCUGAUGCGAGGGUCACUCCAAUCAGCUGUUGUUGGAAGUAAACUUUCCUCAGGCUCACAUGCUGUGGAGGAGGGGGAGGGGUCUAGCUGCUCCGUUUGCCUGGGCAUGGAGCCAGGGCUGGGGCCGGGGGAUGCUCCCUCCUCUGCAGCCUGCUUGGGCAUGGAGCCAGGGCUGGGACCGGGAGGUGCCCCCUCCUCUGCAGCUUGUCUGGGCAUGGAGCCAGAACUGGGGCCGGGAGGCAUACAUUCCUCCGUGUUCGGGAACAGAUAAGCAGACCCCGGCUGCGGUGAGAGCGGACAAGACACAACAGGGGCCAAUAACUCGCCUCCGACAGUCAGCUGCGGCUGCAGUUGACUGAAUCGGGGUGCCGGCAUCCACAGCCACUCCGUCUUGGAGGGAUUGAGCUUGAGCCUGUUUCUCCCCAUCCAGACCCGUACGGCCUCCAAACACCGGGACAGCACUUCAACAGCUUCAUUGGGGUGGCCCGGGGUGGAAAAGUACAGCUGAGUGUCAUCAGCGUACAGCUGGUAUCUCACCCCAAAGCCACUGAUGAUCUCACCCAACGGCUUCAUAUAGAUGUUGAACAGGAGGGGCGAGAGGAUCGACCCCUGCGGCACCCCACAAGUGAGGCCCCUCGCGGUCGACCUCUGCCCCCCUGUCAACACUGUCUGCGACCGGUCAGAGAGAUAGGAGGAGAACCACCGAUAAACGGUGCCUGGUUUAUGGUUUAUGGUUUAUUAGAUUUUUAUACCGCCCUUCUCCCGAAGGACUCAGGGCGGUGUACAGCCGGAAUAAGAACAAAAUAUAUACAAUUUAAAACAACAGUUAAAAAGAGCAAAUUUUAAAAGGCUGAAUUAUUAAAAUUUAGAUUUAAAAUUUAAAAAUAUAAGAAUACCCAAUUAAAAUUCAUCAAUAAUUAUGCCAGUCCCGCUUUAAUAAAUAAAUAUGUUUUGAGCUCACGACGGAAGGCCUCCCACUCCCAAUCCCCCCAACCGGCGCAGCAAGAUACCAUGGUCGAUGGUAUCAAAAGCCGCCGAGAGAUCUAAUAGGACCAGGGCAGAGGAAUAACCCCUGUCCCUGGCCCUCCAGAGAUCAUCCACCAAUGCGACCAAAGCUGUCUCCGUGCUGUAUCCGGGUCGGAAGCCAGACUGGAACGGGUCUAGAUAGACGGCUUCAUCCAGGUAUUGGGGAAGCUGUCGCGCCACAGCACUCUCUACAACCUUCGCAACAAAGCGAAGGUUGGAGACCGGACGAUAAUUACCCAAAAUAGCCGGGUCCAGGGAGGGCUUCUUAAGGAGGGGUCUCACCACCGCCUCUUUCAAGGCGGCAGGGAAAACCCCUUCCAACAAAGAAGCGUUGAUAAUCCCCUGGAGCCAGCCUCGUGUCACUUCCUGAGUGGCCAGCACCAGCCAGGAAGGAUACGGGUCCAGUAAACGUGGUGGUGUGAAGCCUCCCCAACAACCUGUCCACGUCCUCGGGAGCCACAGGGUCAAACUCAUCCCAAACAGACUCGACAAGACGUGCCUCCUCUCCCCCGCUUGGAUCAUCCCAAUUUCGGUCCAGACCAUCCCGGAGCUGAGCGAUUUUAUCAUAUAGAUAACCACUAAACUCCUUGGCACGUCCCUGCAAAGGGUCACCCCGCACCUCCUGGGCUCUAAAGGCUUUCUUUGAGCCUCUGGGAGGGUGAAAACAGCCUGCCCUGGGCUCCAGAGGCUGGAAACGGGACUGUUUUCGGACUUCCGGUACUUCUGUUUUUGCCCUCCCCAGGUUCCAGAUGCUUUCCUUGAGCCUCUGGGAGGGUGAAAACUGCUUCCCCUGGGCUCCAGAGGCCGGAGAUGCACCCAUUUUCAGACUUCCGGAACUUUCACUAGGCCCAUUUUUGCCCCGCCCCCGCCCCCCGCCCCCCGCCAGAGUGUCUAUGCAGGCCCUGCACUUACCUGCCACUCAAAACAGGCAGGGUGGGCGGGUCAGCCAGUCCUUGCAACAACCAGUUCGGCAAACCAGAUUAAAAUUAACAUCUGGUUUUCCCGAUCCGGCUGAAUCCCACCCCUGGAUAACCCCCUCAGAUGAUGCAGGAACAAAAAUGGGCAGGAUAGAAGCAUAUAGCACUUCAUAGAGAAGACUCACGGAACUUCCAUGCUCCUAUAAUUGGGGCGGUUCUGUAUAGAGUAUCUGGAAUGUUUUAUUCCAGAUUCGGGAGAAGGGCGGUAUAGAAAUUGGAUUAAUAAAUUCUGCCUCUUCAUCUUUUUUCAUGGUUUCCUAAAUUGCUCCUGCCUCUCCCCUUACAUGAAUGGAGCAGCAGCUUUUGGAUACCAGCCAGGGUUUCUUCCCAACCAAAGGUUUUCUGUGCAAUCAAUAGAACAGUGUUUUGUUUUGUUUUUCAAACUUGGCACUUUGAGCUUGCUGACUAGGGAAUUCUGGGAGAUGAUGUCCGCAUAUUGUAAAUUGCCAAGUUUGAGAAACAUUGCAAUAGAAUCAAGGGACAGAAUUCAUUUGCUGAUGCGUUUUUUCAGGGAUAGCUGAAAAUGUAGCUUGUUUCACGUAGACUAUUAAUGUAAGUAGACAGAGCUGCCUUGUUACUUUUACCAAUUGGUAGACUACUUAAUUUUUAAUUUCAUAUUGUUAAAUUUCUUUGGAACUUCUUUAAAUGAGCACAGUAUUUAUACUGUAUACUUGCUUUUUCUCUGAAAAAAAUAAUAAUCUGGAUGUUACCAAUUCAUAUUAUAUGUGUAUAAUCAAUUGCAUGUUUAAAUUAAUCCCUUCCGAAACAGUGUUUUUUAUAUCUAGCAUCUCAAAGAGAAACCUAGAUUAAUUUCUGAUAUGCUAGGUUUCUACUUGCAUGCAAAACAACUGAUUCUACAUUUCUAGCCUGAACGGUAUCUAGUAAAACUCCUUGGUUUUGCUGAUAAAUAAACUGGCCAGAAGGUGUUAGUAUCAUCUUCUAUUUGAUUUUGUAAUGACCAAACAAAUAUUGAAAUGUUUAGACUGCGUCUAAUAGCUGAUUAAAGAAAUUAGUUAAUUCAUAUAGAAUUUAACAGGUGGGUUGCAGUAUUUAUUUUGAUACUCUGGAUUGGGUACAUGAUAUCGUGGAAUUUCAUUGCCACUGCUAUAAUCUCUUUGUAAGGGACUUUGUUUUUAAAGAAGAAAAAAUAGGAAUUCUCCAUAGAAGCUUGCAAAGCUAAUGAAAAUCUAUUCAUACCCUUUGUAGAAAUUUUGUAUAUUAUUUGGACCAAGCAUUUGCUUUGUUCUGUUAUCUUUGAACUUGUGUAACUACUGUAAUAUUUUUUUUAUUUUUCUUCUAUGUCUGUGCUUUUCUUGAGAAUGUUCCAUUCCAUCCUUUCCCCAUCAGUCCAUUUACAAGGAAGCACAUCCUGUUGAAUUCAGUGGGAGCUGAUUUCCAUUUAAAUGUAUAAAACUCACUGUAAGAAUGGUAGGAUUCCUUGUAUUUUCUUAGAUAAUAUCCAGUUGACAUGUAAUGUUUGAUAAUAAGUCAUUGCUCCACCACCGUACACAUCAAUAAUGAUAAACUACUGUUCAGUGAAGAUAUUUCUAGAAUUUUCCAUAAGUUCUUUCAGUAAUUUGUGGUAUAGCACCCAGUUAUUUCAAUGAAAUGUUUCUCAUGAACUCCAUGCAUUAGUUACUUUUCCAGGGUCCCCAACCCCAAAAUUAAUUGCUUGGAAAAUGGUGCAGCUGAUAUUAUAUUUAUUAUAUUUAGCUACUAGAUACAUGACUAGACAACUAAUUGCCAUCAAAAACAUUUGUAUAACUCAUAUCUAAAUUAUGUCAUUAUUUCUUUUGCCAACUUUGGUUCUAUGGUAAAGCUCCAAAGCUUAUUUUCCAUCCAGUUAAAUGAAUAAAAUAUCUCUGUUGGAUAUUUCUUUGUACCCAAUGUAACUUGACUGGAAUUUUACAGAAAUGGAGGAGGCCUGAUUUUGGAAACAUUUUUGUUUAAUGUACAUUCCAUAAAUAUUCAGAUUUUCCAUGCAUGAGCUUCCCUUACAUGAGCUUCCCAGAUAUGUUUGUAACUCUUAACUCUAGUUUAUGGUCUUCAUCAAGAUAAUCUAUGCCUUCAACAUUAAUACUGUCUUGACUAAAAGAAAAUUGCUCCAUUCUCUAACAUGUUUUAGAAUAGCUUUAAUGUUGAUUGGUAUCCCAUCAAUUUUUUUAAGAAAGCCAGAUAUAUAGCAGGUUGUUGUUUUUUUGCCAGCAGAAGGAUGAAUUGUGUAGUAACAAAUACUUGCUAGGAAAUGUUCCAAGAAUAGGAACAGAUCAAAAAGUAUGACUAUUCUAAAUUUUCAAUUAUUAAGUUUUGUAACAGAAUUACUAACAUUAGAAAAACUCAAUAACCAAGCUACUUAAAGGUUGGCUUUUAGUAAUUUUACAAUUAUAAGGUUAGCAUGAGGUAAUCUGCUGAAAUAGCUUUCUGAGUUGAGGACACUAUUAUAUUAAUAGAUAGUUUUAUUAAGAUUGAUCAACAUAUCCAUGUAGCUGACCAGACCUUAUAUUGUCAGCAACAUUCUGUGUCGCCCAGAACCUUGUUAUAGCUGUAAAAAAGUGACUUUUCAAAAUCAGAAAACAAAUGAGACUAUCCAGCAUAGUUGUGAAAUCAUGAUAAAUAUAGACAUUGGAGUAACAACUCUGUUUCCUCAAAUUGUUACAAAGCACAAUUCAUGCUUCAUAUCAUGUAUUAAGUAUUUCUUAUUAUAAGGCAAUUUCUCUGUAUAUGGAAUGCAAUCCUAUGAAUGCUGAUUUGAGAGUAACCUCAUGAAACUAGCUGGGGUUUGGUGCUUAGCAAAUGUACAAAGACAUAUUCUAUCUGACUUUUUAAAGCUUCGUUUGAAAGUAGAAUCAGCAUUCUUAAUAUGUUCUAUGUUUGGUAGGAAGCCCCAUGUUGCCAUGGGGAUGAAUUUAUCAGUCUUGCUGGUUUCAAGAUUGAAAUGCAACUUUUUGUUUUUAAACUGAAAAUAUUUCUGGAAAUAAAAUUAUACUGCAGA